AGACUUCUUUGUGCCAGCUAACUUCCCUCAUGUUAUAGAUGCAGUUAAGAAAGUGGCUGGCUUGGAUGAAAGAACAAACGUCUUCAAAACGCCAUCUUUAGCACUCAAGUUGGGUCACAACCUCAAGAAAGUGGCAAAUGUUCUUGAAUGUGAGGCUAUGAUCUCAGGCGAUGAGAAUACCAUUCACAAUGUGCGAAUUUUCAAACAAAUCUGUGAGACCAGAUGGAGCGAGUGUGUCUCUUCCCAUGCUCUUAGGACUUUGAAUGAGGCUAAGUGGAAUGCUCCUCAGCUUAUUCCCUUUGCUGAAGACGUUAGGAAAAUGCACCAGUAUCUUGACACAAAAAGGAUGGAGUGCCAGAGGAACCUGAAGGAAGAAGCUGUAAAGAAGAACUGGGCUGAACUUGCCAAGAUCACGCUUUGUGAGGUGAUAAUAUUCAACCGGAGAAGAGAGGGAGAAGUAUCCAAGAUGCCACUGAACGCUUUCACCUUGAGAGAUACCUCUGUCACCCAUCCAGAUGUGGAGCUUGCUUUGUCAGAACUUGAAAAGAAGCUGUGUAAACACUUCCAGCGAAUUGAGAUAAAAGGCAAACGUGGCCGAAAGGUUCCCAUUCUCCUAACUCCUAAUAUGGCAUCAUCAAUGGAGUUGCUUGUCCAAAAUCGCCGCAAUUGUGAUGUAUUGGAUGAGAAUCCAUACAUGUUCGGGAGACCACAGACUCUCAAUCACUUCAGAGGAUCGGAUAUUAUUCGUGAGAUGGCUCAAAACUGUGGAGCAAAACACCCUGGAGCAUUGUCCUCAACCAAACUGAGGAAGCACAUGGCCACCAUGUCAAAGGUACUUAACCUAAAGGACAAUGAAAUGGACGACCUAGCUGACUUCCUUGGCCAUGACAUUAGAGUUCAUCGUCAGUAUUAUAGAUUGCCUGAAGGGACAUUACAGUUGGCAAAAAUCAGUAAAGUGUUGCUGGCACUAGAAAGAGGACAGCUCUCCCACUUCAAAGGACGAAAUCUGGAUGAAAUCAGCAUUGAUCCACAAGAAAAAAUGUCUGUGGACAGUGGAUCAGACACUGAAGAAGAGGUUGACUCAGCUGAGAGGGAUGCUGGUACUUCAUCUUCCAGAUCACCAGAUAUGGAUGGCAACAAAAAAGUAGAAAAUGGUCAAUUUGGGGUGACCAGGAGAUGCACCACUGAAGUUGGACAAAGCAAUGAUCUGCCCUCAGCAAAAGAGAGGUCAGAUGACGAGGUACUGGCAGACAUGGAAGUCUCUGGCAACUCCAACACGACUAACGGCCCACCACAAAAGAAGAGACUGAAGUGGAACCAAGAAGAAAUCCAGGCAGUGGAGAAAACACUCAUGGACUGUAUUGACUCUGGAAAGGUUCCUGGGAAAGCCCAGUGUAUGAAGUGCAUUGAAACCUCACCAGUAGCCCUCAAGGACAGGACAUGGCAAGGGAUUAAAUUCUAUGUGAAAAAUCGCAUAGAUGCAUUAAAACGAGAGACUUUCAAAAGAAGGUAAGCGUUGACCUUUUUGUUACUGUGAAAGAAAACGGAUCAUUUGUUAGUGCCAUUACCACGCCGAUUCUGUUUGGAGUUUCUGCCGGUUUUGAAGUUUUGAGACAGCUGCAGUCAAGUUUUGUAAUGCAAGUAUGUAUGCAUACUGUAUGUUCAUGUUUAUUGAUACAUAUCAAUGAAUACAUUUCAUUUUAGUACAUGCAUGUUGGAUUGUAUGUAUAUUUUUUGCAACAAGAUACUGUAAGUUAUGCAAUAAAAUGGUUCACAUAGAACCAGAAAAUGUAGUCCAUUAUUGAUGGUUGGCAUUAAGCAUGUUACCAGGCACUUAAAAAUAACAUUAAACAAAAACAAAUCUGAUAUAACACAGUUUAUUGACUUAAAAGAACUAGGAUUGCUCAUAUUUGACAAACUGUGUUCCCAAAAAUUACACAGUGCCACCUGGUGGUAGUUGGUGAUGGACAUGUCCCCACAUGGAGCCAAAAACCUGACAGAUUUUUGAUUUUCUAAAUUUGAUUAAUUUUUAUGUUAAAGAUUAUAUUUCAUGUUCCAAUAUCCCUAAAAAAAAUCCAAACCUAAAACCAAGCCUUUAGCUCAUUUAGAAAGUUGGGUCCCCACGUGUAACCACCUAGUCACUCGCCAAAACAAGUCCUCACGUUUCGGGAAAAACAAGUAUGUGUGUGUGUGUGUGUGUGUGUGUGUGUGUGUGAGAAAGAAGCAGACCAGGUAAAAUAAACAGGACUCUUUAUUGGGUUCAGGUGAAACAUGUAACACUGGCUCCCUGCUGAAGAACAGGCGUGACCCGCCGGGUCAUGUGACCCGCCGCCUCACACACACAGUCACUGAUUGGUCGUUGCAUGGAGGAGACACUUCCAUCCCCGACGACGAAGCCGUGAGACGGA